UUAGGGUGGGUGUGGGCCCCAGUGCCUGUUUUGAAGUCUCAACUGGCGUCACGUACAGUACAAACUAACCUAACGAACAGCGACGGAGGAAGUUGCCUCAAGGCUCCGGCUCCCUUUUUCCCUCUCCCUCCCUCUCCGAACCAGAGAAAGAAUGGCGAGUGAGCCAGAGAUGAGUAACUGGACCGAUCUGCUUCACUCCUCCACGAAGCUUCUAGAACAAGUUGCUCCUUCUGCUCAGUUCCCUCCUCUCCAGGACCACUGGGAAGGUUCCACGGGAGGAGAAAUAAGCGACAGUGAUGUCAGUUUUCAAGACACAAAUGACGGAAAUGAAGAUGAAGAUCUCUACACAUCAGCUUCCGGUUCUCCAUCCAAGCUUCAAUUCAGGAGAGAUGUUUCAAGGGCACGUUGGAAUCAGGAGAUGCAAAUGGCUGAGGUUUUGGAAAAGAAGGGUAAAAUGUGGAUAACCACAGGAAUAGUGCGUGGUGGCCAGACUUUCUGCUUCCUUGAAGAGACAUUAUUUCUUGCUGAAAUUGGGGCACUGCAUCUUCUAGGUGAUAAAGAUACCUGUUUAGCCCUAAAAGAUAUCUAUGAGAAGGUCUCAGAGGGAAAGAGUGGAUGCUGCUAUGAGUUUUUUCAGGUUUAUAGGCAAUUGAAGUCACUCGGUUACAUUGUUGGGCGGCAUGGAGUAGCCUGGACAAUUAAGAGUUCUAAGAGCACCUCAGAGUCUCAUUCUUUAAAAGAGAAGGAUUCAGUCAUUGAAUUGUUCGGUAAUAUGCAGGUCAAUGACAAUUUUAGGCCAGCCUUUGAUGUAUACUAUCCAAACAGCAGGUUUAGAAAGUCGGCCCCAGGCGAUCCAAGCUUUGUGCUUUGCUUAGCUAGUGGCUCUCCACCAUCGGAAGCUGAAAUACAAGUCCUUGAGAAACAAUUUAACGGCGUUCCUUUGAAAUUUUGUCAUGUUGAGCAUGGACGGGUCAGUUUUUUCUCCUUUGACAAGGUUGAGCUGCCCGUCUUACCUUGAUUUUUUGGAUGGGUGCAAUUUCAUACUAAUGGAGCAUAAAGAAUUUGCUAGAGGCUUAAUCUGAAGGCAUGGAAUGGAAGCUUUGCAAGCCUGUGUCGAAGAUUCUAUGCAUGGUUUCAAUCAAAUCAAGAAGAGUUGUUGCUGUCCUUGGCUCCUUUUACUAGUAUUUUAUGUGGCAACAACAAUUGGAGAAGAAACUAUAGAGAGUCAAAUGCAGUGAUCCCUACGGAUCUUCUUUCCCUUGGAAGGACGCUAUCUUCCCGAGUUGUUCUCAUUAGUCAAUUUGAGUUUUAUAAAAUGGAUUGGCUUUUCUCAAUACUUGCAGGAGUUUGGACAGGGGAAAUGUUUUUGGUAGAGAUGACGUGGCUACAUUACUCUCUCUGACUCUUCUUUGGGGCAAAGGUUCAUGUGACUAUUCGAAGGCCCUUAUGGUCAGAUGUCUUGUCCUCUUUCAUAAAAAUUCAAAGAACCAUGUAUGAUGUAUCAAAGAUAUUAAUAUUGUAUGAAACACCCUGCGUAUAAAUUUUAAUAAACUUAAAAAAAAAUCAA